GAGACCAAAGACGAUAUAAGCAAAACCAAUUGAUAGAAAUAGUCAGUGAGUAAACAAAUAUAAAGAUAGGGAGCCUGCGCAACAACAACAAAAAAUAGUUCCAGUUUUCCCGACAAUAUCAAGGGCUUUAAACCAUUUCCGGAACCUUUUUUGGAGUUUCUUCUUCUGAGUUUAGUGCAUUAUUUUCAACAAGGCGAGCUAGCAUCAACUGAAGUGUUGGCUUAGAGAGAAACGAGUCGGGACCUAGCUAUGGAGCAGAAUAACAAACGUCUACUCCACUGCAGACACUACUUCUGGCUUUAGCGAGCGUUGUUCAGUCGGUAGCCUACUGUAGCUAGCUAAUAUUUUAAUAUUCUCACUGUUUGGACUAUCGUUUUCAGAUAUUGCUGGAGCGUUAGCCCCCCGGACUCGGUCUUCCUGAUCCCCAGCUCGGCUUGUGAUGGCGUGGCAGUAGCCUGUCUUGUUGUCUGUGGAACCCGUGUAGGGACCAACGUUACGCAUGGCAAACACGGAUGCUACUCUUUUUACUUGGUCAAAGUCGCUACGAGGAACCAGAGGAGACGCUCCGUAAGCAUCUCCACUGAGCCAGGGAAAGCCAGCGGACCCCACUUCGCUACGAGUCGCCCAGGUGUCGGACAGGUGAGCGGCUGAACAUGGAAGAUGAGGCGUUUGACCAGAUCGUGUUCGUGUUUCACAACCUGGUGUCGUGGGUCGCCGCCGGUGCCAUGGUGUUCGGUGGGGUGGUGCCCUACAUCCCGCAGUACAGAGACAUCCGCCGGACUCAGAAUGCAGAGGGCUUCUCCACAUAUGUGUGCCUGGUCCUCCUGGUGGCCAACAUCUUACGGAUACUCUUUAGAUUCGGCCGCUACUUCGAGACUCUGCUGCUGUGGCAGAGCAUCAUCAUGAUCGCCACCAUGCUCAUCAUGCUGAGCCUGUGCACCGACGUCCGCACGGCUACUGAACUCAACACAAAGAGACGCUCCUUCAUAGACUUUGACUGGAGCUACUUCUGGUUGUGGAGUCGCUUCGUGGACUACAUGCAGUGUGUGCUGGCCUUCACGCUGAUGGCAGCCUACAUCACCUACCUCUUCCUGGACUCUGCGCUGUUCGUGGAGACCCUGGGCUUCCUGGCCGUCUUCUCUGAAGCGAUGCUGGGCACACCGCAGCUCUACUGCAAUUAUCAGAAUAAGUCCACAGAGGGCAUGAGUAUCAAGAUGGUGCUGAUGUGGACCAGCGGCGACACCUUUAAAACGGGCUACUUUCUGCUCACCAAGGCUCCGGUGCAGUUCUGGACGUGUGGCCUGCUCCAGGUCUUGGUGGACUUCACCAUCCUGUUCCAGGUUUACUACUACAGCCGCUACCCACAGAAACCAGUGUCCCACACCGUCUCCCACACCACCAGUGCCAAAGCCCUCUGAAAGCCUCCGCAAGCUCUCUGAGGACACCAGUGAGGAAGGUGCUGUGGACAUAUAUAACAAGACACGAGUACCGAGGCACCUUGAGAUGACGCAGGCUGCUGACCUUCACUCCCCAGUACACAUAAAGACACAUACACACACAUGAAUAAGGCAACAACAUACACAGACACUCGGUGGUGUUGGUGUCUGCAGUGAUACCCGUCGGACACUUGUUACAAACAAACUGAUUUAUCCUUCUGACUUAUCCUCCAUGCAACUGUAUGCUUUUGUCUUGGAAUCUGGACUUCACAAAUAAUAUAUUCUUGUAUGUGGAGAAUAUUAUGCACAUACAUGAGUGUAUACAGUGAAAAACUGGAGAUAUACAGUAUGCACUGAAAUCCAUGCUCAAGGAGACAUGGACCAGCUGCUAUUGUCCACAUUAGCUGAUGAUUGUUGCAUGGACCCUCUGCCUUAAAACCCGCCCAUUCAAACAUGGCUUGCUGCAUUACAAGCAAUAUGCAUGUAUGUCUCAAUCAAAAGGGAGACAAAUAAAUGCUAAUUUACAACAUUACUGAAUGUACCAAAUUACAUAUAUAUAUUUUCCUCCCAACACUGGUCAGUCUACUACUUGUUGGACAGACAACUGAAGAAUGGAAUUGUAAGAAAGUCGAAGCAAUCAGACGUUGCUAAAAGAAGAUGAAUCCCAAAGGCUUGAAGAUGCAAUCUAUUGGCUUUUAUAAAAACAAAGGAUCAUAAUACAUUAGUGGCCUUGAUGGUAACGGAGCAAUGAGAAAGUCAGAGCUUUGUAAAAAAAAAAAAUAUAUAUAUAUAUAUAUACAAAUAAAUAACAUAAGUGCAGUCUUCUAUCUGAAGCAUCAUUAAAGCAUCAUGACUGGUGUUCAGGCUGCAUAAAGAUGUUUGUACUGAUGAUGUUGACAUUUUGGAUAUCAUUUUGAUCAUUUUCAUUCCACAUAUAUCCAAAUAAAUUGUGGUGCAUUUAGACACAAAGCAAAUGUGGCGCAAAGCACAAUUGCAUACAAAGUCAUUAAUACAAGUGGGCGGGAAUGUGCUCUGGCCAGGGCCAAGUGAAGCAAGAACGAGUCAACGUGUGUUGGAAAUGUGUAAAUUUGAGCAAAAUCUGGUUUAUCCUGUGGGUUUAUGAAUCCAAAAGGUACAAGGGACUAUAGGAAAAAGGAGAGACUCUGCAUACACGUGUAUGCAUACACUGCUUGCUAGCUACAGCUGUUUGUUCUUUUCUUUGAAUGGCAUGACGUAGAUGCGACAUUGUCUUGCAAAUGUGGCCAUCACUCCUGUAAGAAUGUAAGAAUAACACAAGCACCAAGUAAAUUGCUGAGAUCUGGAUAAUACAAAGUUAUUAUUGCCGAUAGAAAAUUACAGCCAAAUUAUCCUUUUUAGACUAGUUUACUUUUUCAUUGUCUGAUACUUUUGAAUAUGUCCAGCCAAAUCAUAAAUCCACUUUCCAUCACGUUGGUUGUGGGUGGCAUCCCCUGGUAUCCCUACUCACGACUCCACAUCACUGUGUUGGACAGAUUUAUACUCAUCAAAAGAAAUUAAUUUCCUGUUCGGAUGGAGAAGCAGCCACGUAACAUCGUGCAGGUUUUGUUUAUUGUUGAUGUUUUGUAAUCUUUCUCUGGGGAGCGGAGAAAUGCCAAACCAGGAGGUGUCAGGACUGUCAGACUUUCAAUGAACUGUGUACCACAGCAGACCUGAUUCUGUCCUCCUCUCGAAGCUUCAAGAAAUGGAAAGUUCCCUUUUGUUCCAGAGGGACGUGGCAGGACUUUUCUAUAAAUAUUUCUUUCCUAGCUCUAAAUGUUUUUUUUGUUGUUGUGGAUGUGCACCUUUUGUGUUCACACUAUUUAUUCUGUUCAUCCGUUUUUAUAAAUAUUGUAAUGCCAAUGGAAGGUAGUGCAUGCCUGUUUAUGCAGGCCGUGGUGAGGGGGACUCUGUUAUUUCCUGACAGGUUGUUGCUCAACAGGAUCAAAAAGACCUCCGGGUUUCACUGAAUUUACUGUUGCAUUCCAUGUAUUGUUACUAUUUUUUGCUUUGUGUUUUUUUUUUUUUUUUAAAUCAUGUAAAGGUAUUUUUGAUACUGCCAUGUUGUCCAUUGUCAUCAGUGUGUGAAACCCACACCUAGUUUAAUGUACC